AUGACAGCCAGGCCAGCUACCGAGGUGGAGAAGGGGCUUCGUGAGCCGCAAAACAAGAACCAGAACCCAAACCAUGAUCGUGUUGAAGCUCUCUGGGCACAGCUGGGGCCCUGUGCCAAUGGAGAGUUGGACCUGAAGGGCCUGCAGAAGGGCUUUCGGAAGAUAGAUCAUCCGCUCAAGAAUGCGGAUGCCAUGUUGAAGAGGAUCAUGAAGGAGGUUGACACCAACGGCGAUGGAAAGAUUCAAUAUGAAGAGUUUCGAGUUUUUGUGCAAAAGGCGGAGAGCCAACUCUACGACUUGUUCAGAUCCAUCGAUCGCGACGGCAACGGCAAGCUGGACAAGACAGAGCUCCAGGCGGCAUUCAAGGCUGCGGGGUUGACUGUAUCAAACCGCAGGCUGCACGACUUCUUCAGCGACAUGGACAUGAACAACGACGGAUACGUCAGUUUUGACGAAUGGCGGAACUUUUUGCUUUUCAUGCCUGGGAACCAGGAUGCGUCCCAUUUGCAGGCCGUGCUGUCCUUUUAUUACUCGGUGGUUAAUGUCACGCCGGAGGGAGACUCCCUUGUGAGUGGGGAAACACUGGAAGGCUUAGGUUACUUCCUUGCGGGUGCCAUCGCCGGUGGAGUGUCGCGGACGGCCACGGCCCCUCUCGACCGAUUGAAGGUCUACUUGCUCGUCAACACCAACAGCGGUGCCGAGACGGCGGUAACAGCGCUGAAGCAAGGCCGUCUCGUUGAUGCGCUUAGAAAUGCGGCGAGGCCCUUUAGCGAUGCUGUGAAGGACUUGUAUCGAUCGGGCGGAUUGCGCAGCUUUUUUGCUGGCAACGGGUUGAAUGUUGUGAAAAUCAUGCCAGAGACGGCCAUCAAAUUCGGAUCGUACGAAGCGACCAAGCGUGCCCUGGCUAAUUUCGAGGGCCAUGGGGAUGCCAAGAACAUAAAUUCGUACUCAAAAUUUGUUGCUGGCGGUCUGGCUGGAAUGGUUGCUCAAUUCUGCGUCUAUCCCCUUGACACCCUCAAAUUUCGACUUCAGUGCGAGACGGUCAAGGACGGCCUUAAGGGGAGCGCCCUCGUUCGACAGACGGCCAUGAAAAUGUAUGCUGAUGGCGGUCUGCGAGCCUGCUACCGAGGUGUCACCAUGGGAUUGAUUGGCAUGUUCCCAUAUAGUGCCAUCGACAUGGGCAUGUUUGAGUUCCUCAAGAAUACUUACCGCAUCCGUUACGCAAAAUAUGCGUGCUGCCACGAAGAUGACGCCGAGCCUGGCAACAUUGCAACGGGCAUCAUCGGCGCCACAUCCGGAGCCUUUGGAGCGUCAGUUGUUUACCCAUUGAACGUGGUUCGCACACGAUUACAAACACAAGGCACCGUGAUGCACCCUCAAACCUACACGGGAAUCUGGGACGUCACACAGAAGACGAUCCAGCACGAAGGAGUCCGAGGUCUUUACAAGGGCCUGACGCCAAAUCUGCUCAAAGUUGCCCCUGCGUUGAGCAUAACGUGGGUGGUGUACGAAAACGCAAAACGCAUUCUCGCAUUGCACUGA